UCUGGCAGCGGAUCGGCGAAGGAGAGAGAGCAAGGCUGGGGCUGCUCCCGGACCUACCGAGGAGGACCAGCCAGCCUGCCAGCCUCCCCACCUCUCCCCACAAGCCCACCAUACCUUCACAGCUAUACCCCCCUUCACCUCCAAUCCAUCCACCUCCCCCCCUGGACCCUCCCUUUAAAUCCCUAUUUAUUUAUAGGUGUUGGGAGGGGGGGUUCCCUGCAGAACACAAGAGGGGGGAGGGUGCACCAGGCGUGCAGCAGGAUUUUACCUUCAUGAUUAUGGGCGACAAGAAGAGCCCGACCAGGCCAAAACGGCAAGCUAAGCCUGCAGUGGACGAGGGAUAUUGGGAUUGUAGCGUGUGCACUUUUAGGAACAGUGCCGAAGCCUUUAAAUGCAGUAUAUGCGAUGUCCGGAAGGGAACGUCCACCAGGAAGCCAAGAAUAAACUCCCAAUUGGUGGCGCAGCAAGUUGCCCAGCAGUAUGCCACCCCGCCACCUCCAAAGAAGGAGAAAAAAGAGAAAAUUGAAAAACCCGAAAAGGAGAAAUCGGACAGAGAAAAACUAGAAAAGGAAAAGCCGGAAAAGGAGAAACUGGACCGAGAGAAACUGGACAGGGAUAAGCUGGACAGAGAAAUAAUGGAAAAGCUGGACAGAGAAAAAAUGGAAAAGCUGGACAGAGAAAAAAUGGAAAAGCUGGACAGAGAAAAAAUGGAAAAGCUGGACAGAGAAAAAAUGGAAAAGCUAGACAGAGAAAAAAUGGAAAAGCUAGACAGAGAAAAAAUGGAAAAGCUAGACAGAGAAAAAAUGGAAAAGCUAGACAGGGAAAAAAUUGAAAAGCUAGACAGAGAGAGAUUAGAUCGUGAGAAGAUAGACAGGGAAAAAAUGGACCGGGAGAAACUGGAGCGUGAAAGGCUAGACCGUGAGAAGUUAGAAAAGCAAAAGAUGGACAGAGAAAAAACAGAGAAGGAGAAGACUGAUAAAGAGAAACCUCAAAAAGAACAGAAAGUCGAAAGGGAGAAGCAUGAAAAGGAAAAGCCGGAGAGGGAGAUUACUCCAAGUGUGGUCAAAAAGACAACUUACAAAAAGACACGACCAAAGCCGGAUAUACACAGAAACCCUGAAAAUGAAAUGAACAGUAUUCAGUCCGCAAAUGCAACAAAGAUCAGUAACUUUAACCACACUUCAAGGCCCAGGCUGAAGAACGUGGACAGAAGUACUGCACAGCAGCUCGCAGUAACGGUGGGCAAUGUGACCGUAAUUAUCACAGACUUUAAAGAAAAGACUCGUUCUUCCUCCACCUCGUCCUCCACAGUCACCUCCAGUGCGGGCUCGGAACAGCAGAACCAGAGCGGCUCUGGCUCAGAAUUCACAGACAAGGGUUCCUCCCGUUCCUCAACCCCCAAGGGCGAUAUGUCCGUUGUGAACGACGAGUCUUUCUGAAAGAAACACAAAACAUUGCACAUACAUUGGGCAGAAGAGACUCUGAAUCGCGGUCAGGAAUUCCCAGUCACCCGCCUGCCCCGUCUUUCUAUUCCUGGAUUAUUAUUAUUUUUUUUUUAUUUUUUUUGUUCAGACUGAAUUUGGUUUGUUCCUUUCCUGGACCCUAAUGAGUGCUCCUCCCAAGACCACUUCUGCUCAUCUUGGGAACCUGGCAACCAUCAUACCGUCAAGAAUUGACCCUUAACAAUUGUGUAUUCCAUUAUUUUAUAGCAUUUCCCGAGCAAUCAUUUGGUAAUUGGAUGUGCACCUAAAUCUACUUUUUAUACAGAUCUACUGGUUUUCUUUUUUCCUUUUUUAAUUUCUUUUUGUUUAUUUUUGGAUUUAUUUAUUGCAUUGUCAACUCCUUUAUUUGCCGAGUCCUAUUUUUUCCCAUGUUUUGCCCACCUCCAGCUCCUUUCCUGUAACACAGCAUAUUAUCAAUUUUUGUACAUCUAUAUAUAUAUAUAAAAUAUAUAAAUAUAUAUAUAAAUAAAUGGUUAUUUAAAACCGAUACAUAGAAAAACACUGGUGCUUGAUACACUGUGAAGUUAAAUUUUGAACACGGGCCCGAAAACUAGAUCAUUGUCGUGUUUUGGUGCCAGGAAUUUGUGUUGGUCAGUAUAGGAUUGAGGGUGUAAGAAGAUGGCGACAAUAAAAAGUGUGAACCUUCCGCUUUGUUCCAGCCUCUAUACCAACUUGUGUUUCCCAUAAUUGUCCACUUAGGGCAUUGGCGAACUAUUACUGUUUAUGGCUUUGUGAAAAUAGUAGAAGGAUGGUUUGUAAUAGUCACAAAUAUGUAUGUGAAAAGUUUAUAAAGCAACGCAAGAUGGUGGUCUUUUCAGUCGAUGUACAUUUGUACUGUGAUUGAGUCAGCCUAGGCUUCCAUAGGAAUGACAACCCUUGUACACACCAUUUGGUGGCAUGAGCAUCUAUUGGGGUUGUAGUGGGAUUGCCAGUUUUCCACUUCUGUACCUUUUUUAUAGAGUCAUGCAAUAUGUUUCAGAAACUCUGAGUAUGAUGGGGCCCAUGCAAAUUUUUAACGUGGUUAGAAAUAUACCUUUGGGCUUGGCAAUAGCAAGAGCACGUCCCAAGAGUGUCCAGAACCUGCGUUGGUGCAAUAUCAAUGAGACAGUUGCCCUUGAUUGUUGUUUUCCCAUUAUAUUUCUUCUGGGCCAGAUGAAUAAAUGGGUAAUCCAUCCAGGAACCUGGGCCCAGGACAACAUGGUCAACGACCCCUGGGUCUAAUUUGGGUCAGAACAAUUCUUCCAAUGUAUACCAGACCCUAUUGUUGCAUUGCAUUGGGAGAUGCCUAGUGGUGGUACAAUCUUUUUGUAGCUUGACGCUUGGACCUGUCAUCUGUUGCUUGAUCCGGUAUUUACCCUGCUGAUUUGUUGAGGCACAACCCAUCAUACAGUCAUGAAACCAAUCUUAGAAAGAUAAGAUACCAGUGAGUGUAUGAUGGUUUGCCAUCUCACAACAGUUGGUUAAACCACGUUGUCCCCUGUGGACUGGCCAGAUUGGCCGUACUGGAAAUUCUCUGUACAAUAUAACCAACCUUUUGAUUCUAGUUCUGUUGUCAUGAUAGGUGAUGGCUCCUGAAGACGUACCAAAACUUUAUAUGUAUUUGUGACUAUUACAUGAUGCCUUGAAAUUGGUUCCUCUUGCGUUUAUUUAGCGGCCACUUCAUUUGAAAGUGCCAGUAACCCAAUUUAUUCCCGUGUCUGUUGGUAGAUAUGUGACUUUGCAAGGACUAAUUAUAUAGCCGUAUCAAGCCACUAUAGAACACGAGUUUAACAGAAACCUCAAUUCUCAAUUUUAAAUAAAGGUCACUAGAAGAUUAGAUGUAGACUGGUUUGUUGGUUGUCAUGGACAACGGUGCACUUAUGAACCUGGUAACGUAAUUAAAAUCCUACAUCUGGCUAUUAGUUGAAAAGACGUAACUACUUGGACGAAGACCUUACAUCAAUUACUUUAAUAGGCUGUUACCUAAAUUAUUGCAUAUGCAAUGUCUUGGAUUCAACCCAUCACCUACACAGAAUGGAGGGAGUCAUUUUGAGGACACAUUAUUUGGUUUAUAAGGCCUCAAGAUACUUUACUGUGUGUAGAUGACUGGUCCAAUAAAAGUCAUAUUUCAAACUCUUGGCAAAUUCCAAAAUUGGACAAAGAAAAGGCUUCUUGUAACAUUCCAAAAGUAUGUACCAUGUUCAUCAUGCUUGUAAGAAGUCUUAUGUGAAGAUGUUUCCAAAGUGUAGUUUUGUCAGUGGGGAGACCACUCUUGGGUUAGGUUCUAGAGAGGCUUGCUCUGAGAAUGGAAUUCAUUUAGUCACAUUUGACUUAUUGCAUCCACAAAAUGGGUGCCACGGUGGUUUUCAUUGUAGAGUAACAUCUUCUACAGCUUGGCCAUCACAGAAAUGUUUGUGCCCCAGAAUACACUGUCAGUAGAAUUCUACUGUACAUUUUAAAUGCUACGGAAGUUGGGACCCAUACGUUUUACUAGGAAUCCUGCUUCCGUCAUUAUGGGCAGUUGUAGACUUACUGACAAAGAUUAAAAUAUAUGAGACUUCAUAGGAACAAUUUUUAACCAAUGUAACCUUGGUUUCUGAAAGCCACAUCCUCAUUGUCCUCUAAGAUUUCUAGUCUUAAUUGCACUGGACCUUUCUCAGUCUUUGCAUAAAAAAACUGUUCUGAAAGAUUUCCUUAUCUUUCAGCAUGGGCUUAUGAUUUUUUUUAUUUUUUUUUACUAGUACUGCUAAGUUUCCUCUAUUUCCUUAAGCUCAAUAUCCAACCUAUGACCUUCCAGAAGUCAUAGUUGUCCUGACGCUUGUCGUGACCAUUUUCUUAAGUUGUAUGGAUGGGUUUGUCAUCAAGAGCUUGUCUGCUUCUUGGGGAGAUAAAGAACACAGCUCUAUGUUGGUAGAGCCAUAAAUGGCUGCCCAUUGUGGAUCUCUGGUUAAGAGUUGGAGUUCUGUAGGAGUUGGAGAGUCAUGGGUUGUAGUCCACUGAUCUUGAAAGUUCCAGGAUUUUUUUUUUGAUCAAGUAAUGAAUUAACAUUCCCAGCCUUAAAAUGGUGAGCUGAGGUGGGCUGGUGGAUAGGUCUAAUUUUACCUUCUUUUUUAUUUUUAUUUUUUCAGUUUGCUUAUGCUUUGGGUUUAGGCACCUUUUUAAAAUUAUAUUUUUGUGAAUUUUACAAAAUGCCUUUUCUGGGUAAGACUUGUGUUUUAUGAUUUACAGCCUUUACUUUUUGUUUGUAUCGCAAGGUAAAACAUAACUUAGAUAUUUUAUGGAUGUGACUUGCGCUGUGGUAAAAGUCUGAAUUCUUGGAGUUACAUAUUAAACCUAUGCGUGUUUCUCUACCAUAAAUUUUAUUUCUGCUCCAUGUCAAAAGUCAUUAUGGUUUUUAAUGAAACCGUACACCCUGGUUUAGGACAAUCUGCACGUGUGUGCGCGCACGCUGCUAACCCAUUGUAUCCGUGUCAACCUUGUUGUGAUGUAUUGGCAAAUUCAAUUGUCAAGUUUCUUUCUUGUAAUGGAUAUAUUGACAUUUGAUAACAUGUGGCCUCAAGAGAAUUUGCUUCUGAAUUUCCUAUACCCAACUGGUUGUUCAUCCUAAGAUGACUAUAAUUUAUUGGCUUGUGUGAUGUUCUGGCAACUUUUUUUCCUCUUAGAGUGGAUAAAGAUGAAUUGUACAAGUUUACCUGUGUUGGUUAAACAUGCUACUCAAUACAUAAAUUACGUAUACUUUAUAGUACCUCUGUCUUAAGGUACUGAUAUGAACACCUGUUUGGCCAUUACUCCAAAUUCCCCCGUGCACAAGUAGUGAAAUCCAACAUACAUUAUACUUUUACCAGACAUCUGCCACCUGGAAAGAGUCGAAUACACAUUAGAUAGUUAACUGGUCCAGCCAAAAUCUGUGGAUUCAUCCAUCUUUCAUCUAAUGUGCAUGGGCAUCUACAGUGUCCCAGUCUCUUCACAAUCAAUUAAAGUUAAUUUAUUGAGAAUCAUAUGACCAGUUCAAGUAGUAGCCUAUAUUUUCAUAUUAAUUUGAUAGCGUGGAGUCACUCAUCUACACUUUGGGUCUUUGAGUCCAAGUGGACCACUAAUCUACAAGCAAGAGGGUUGUUUUGGGGUUAAGGAGUCCUGUUGUUGGCCACUAGAAAAGUGAAAAGGACCCAGCAAACUCUUAGACUAGGAAUAUACCGGUAGUUAUCUUUGGCCUCAAAGAAUUGUCCUCAAGAGUAGAAGGAUUUGGAUGGACAUUCAAUUUAACAACCAACAUUUUUGUCCAAAUUGGACAUUAAUGAGCUUAAGCCAAGGUUACACGUUGUGUCCACGUUCUUCUUUGGUUUGGAUACACCUAUGGCUACGUUAGUGGCUCCAGCUGUUGAUCCAAACUUCUAGAAGGAACCUAGACGUUGUAGUGAUGUGCACAAGCCAAAGAAUGUGUGAUCUGUUGGUGGAAUUUGCCCUAAAGGGGGUGUGCCAACCUGUAGAUAUUGAUGACCUUUCCGCUGGAUAUAAGAGCAUGUGGGUCCACCACCCGGCAACCCCACUGAUCAGUUGUUUUUGACAGCUGCUAGCACUUAAAACAAAACAGUAGAUGGAGCCAGAAGCAGAAGUCUUGGUCCACUGUGUAGUGGUGUACUGCAGCUCGGCAUGACCCCUACACAGUGGACAGUUUCUGCUUCUGGCUCAAUCCACUGUUUUCUUUCCAAUGCCUACAAAAAAACUGCUGAUCGGCAGAGGUGGCACGUUUUCAUACCCACAACGAUCUGAUAUUGACGAGUUAUGCAGAGGAAAGGUCACCAAUAUCUACAGACUGUAAACCCUUUUAAUAAAGGUGUCCUACAUAACUAACCUGCAGUGUAUGUAACGACUUGUACAGCUGAAUAACCGGUUUAUAUUCUAAAUUGUUUCUUGUGCUGUAUAUUCUGUAAAUGUAGAACAUGAAAUCUGUUUCCUCAAAAGGAACUCUUUAAAAAAAAAAAAAAUCUAAAACAUUUUGAGAAUUUUCUUCUUCCUUCCCCGGGUUGGUAUUCAUUUACAGCUGGUAACAGAACCUUGUAAUUGUGGGUCAAUAUGGCCCUAGGAAGGUCCGCUGGCACAGGGCUAUACCACAGAGCACAGUGUUUCAUUAUUAUUUUUUUUCUUCAAAUAUCACACAAAAUAGCUAUCUUUGUGCAAGUUAAAGCAUCACAUUAUAAAAUGGUAAAGCCUUCAAAAAUCUUUUUUCUUUUUCCAUCAGAACACUUGGUUUGGUCCAAAAAUGUCUUUAAAGUUUUCCCGUCGCCUUUGUUCUCCGCAUUUAGAGCCACUUCAAUUUUCAUAACCGCAUUUCCCCUAAUAUUAUAAUACGUACGGGGUUUGCUUCCACAGUAUGGUCUAUUAAAGGUCUACUGCAAGCAGAAAUGAUAGGGUUAAGCCUAGUGCAGGUUCUGCAGGGGCGGGACUUGCUGAAAAUGUUUUCAAUGCUUGCACCAUGUUCUGCCCAUGCAGGCCCUGCAGUAGGCAUAACAUAGUAUAUCAGUUCUGCCUGGAGUGUUCCUCUAAAAUAACCCCAAGAUGGAGGUCCUAAUACUAGUCUGUCCGUUCACUAAGAAUUUGGCCAGUGAACCAAGUUCGUAGUGAGUCGAUAGACCGUAGUAUCAUGCUCGCUUCGGCUAUGGGUGCACUUUAAAUAAUUGACCCCGCUGUGUGUGUUAUCACCUGCCUUACUAUUUUGUUUCUUUGUCUUUAAGCUUAUUGUAUCUUAAAUUAUUGAAAAUUUUAAUAAUUGCUGACUAUAUAAUAAACUUUUUUUCUUUUUUCUUUUGUGUGUGUAUGUAACCAAACAUGGUUUCAGAGCCAACAUUUAGAUAGACAUUGAAACGUAGAGGUUUUCAAUGCACAAUCAAUUUUGUUGUUAUGUACGACUUGUAACCUUUAUUUACUGUGUAAAGCUGGUUACAUUCUGUCUUUAUUACAUUUUUUGGGGUAUUUUUUUUUUUUCCGCCAAGUCCUAUAGAAUGCUUGUUUAUGUCAGACAUGAUCUUUGUAAACCUUUUGGCUUGUAUUCUGCUUUUGACAGUUCCUACUGUACAGUCUUUGAAGCAUCUAGGAUUUCUUUUUCAGCCUUCUUAAUUUUUUUUUAUUUUUUUGUUUUAUUUUACGGUAUUUUUUUUUUUAUAUUCAUGCUUAAAAGUGUCAGUUGGUGGUUUUUUGUGAAAUGGUCAAAUUCACAGGUCUUUAAAUGUUUUCAGAAAAAAAGAUUUUUAUUAAACACUGCUUUUUGUCUAGCAAAAUAAAAAGAUGUUAAUAUAUUACUGUUGCUAGCAUGUGCACGGCCGUCCUAGAAGCCUCUUUAUCUUUUUUCGUUUUCUUUUUUUUUUCUUUUGUUUUCCCGCUUUAAUUAGAAAUGUCUAUUUAUGAAUCUCUUGCUUGUAGUUUUUUUUUUCACAAAUAAAAUAGUAAAAAUUUAA